AAGACAAGUGAACUGCUGGAUCCUUCAGAACCACAGUAGUAGAGCGAGACAAGACACAAGUGGACCAGAGAGAGAGACCAGAGAGACAGAGAAAGGGAGGACAUACAAUGGGCAUGUAAAGUAAGACCAGAAAGAGAGAGACUGACCAGAGAGAAAUCUUUCUUGUAAAGAGAGAUUCUGCAGUGAGGUUAUCUAGAUUAAGGGAGAUACGAGAGACACUGGGUGUGCCCCUGCCACUAUGCCUACACGAAAGGUCUCCUUGCUGGACUUAUUGUCCAGACUGCGUCGCUUGAACAGACAGCGUUGUCUUAAGAAAACGGGACCUAAAAAAAUAUGUCCUCAACUACUUCCGUUGCUAAGAGACCCGGGUGUGGUGAGCCGCUUGGCGUUGCAGGAUGCCAAGAUGGCCGCCCUGCUCCCUCCGAUUGGCUCCGAGGUGUUCCGGCGCUUCUGCCCCGCCUCUCUGGCAGAGAUCGAGCGGCGAGCGACCGAGGAGGCUGCUGAGCAGGAGAGGAAGAAAACCCAAAACAUCGAGGUGGCAGAGGAGGACCUGCCUAAGCCAACCAGCGACCUCGAGGCUGGCAAGACCCUCCCCUUCAUCUAUGGAGACCCGCCCCCUGAGCUAUUCAACACUCCAUUGGAGGAACUUGAUCCUUACUACCAAGCACAGAAAACGUUCAUCGUGAUCACCAAGGGAAACACCAUCUUCAGGUUCAAUGCCGAGCCAGCCUGCUACAUGCUGUCCCCCUUCAGUGUCCUACGCAGAGGAGCCAUCAAGAUCCUCAUACAUUCAUUAUUCAGCAUGUUUAUCAUGGUGACCAUCCUGGCCAACUGUGUGUUCAUGACAAUGAGCGACCCUCCGGCGUGGAGCAAAACUGUGGAGUAUGUGUUCACCGGCAUCUACACGUUUGAGGCUACCAUCAAGGUGCUGUCUAGGGGCUUUUGUAUGGGCGGCUUCACAUUCCUCAAAGACCCGUGGAACUGGCUGGACUUCAUGGUUAUCAGCAUGGCGUAUGUCACAGAGUUUGUGGACCUGGGGAACGUGUCGGCUCUCAGGACGUUCCGUGUGCUCCGGGCCCUCAAGACCAUCACCGUGAUUCCUGGUCUGAAGACCAUCGUGGGAGCCCUGAUCCAGUCAGUGAAGAAGCUGGCAGACGUGAUGAUCCUCACCGUGUUCUGCCUCAGUGUCUUCGCUCUCGUCGGUCUCCAGCUCUUCAUGGGGAACCUACGCCAGAAGUGUGUUCUCUGGCCUGCAAACGGGACCACGCAGAUCACCUACGACCUCGAGGACAACAUCACCUUCAACUAUCAGGAUUACAUCAAUAAUCACGAGAACUACUACUUCCUGCCGGGAGCGCUGGACCCUCUGCUCUGUGGAAACAGCAGUGAUGCGGGGAAUUGUCCUGAAGGGUACAUCUGUCUGAAAGCAGGGUAUAACCCAAACUACGGCUACACCAGCUACGACAGCUUCGGAUGGGCCUUCCUGGCUCUCUUCAGACUCAUGACUCAGGACUUCUGGGAGAAUCUCUUCAUGCUGACUCUGCGAGCAGCAGGGAAGACCUACAUGGUGUUCUUUGUGGUGAUCAUCUUCCUGGGCUCCUUCUACCUCAUCAACCUGAUCCUGGCCGUGGUUGCCAUGGCGUACGCGGAGCAGAACGAGGCCACCAUGGCCGAGGCCAAGGAGAAGGAGGAGGAGUACGCUCGCAUCAUGGAGCAGAUCCGGAUCAGGAAGGAGACAGAGCAGUUGGCGGAAGCUCAGGAAAGUCAAGACGGUGGAGAUAAACAUGUCCAUAAACAUGAUGCCAUGGAUGACUUUGAGCUGGAGCAGCGGCCCUGCCCUCCAUGCUGGUACGUGUUUGCAGACAUCUUCCUGAAGUGGAACUGCUGCCCUGCCUGGGUCACCAUGAAGCACUACAUGUUGCUUCUGGUCAUGGACCCGUUUGUGGACCUUGGCAUCACCAUCUGCAUUGUCCUCAACACCAUGUUCAUGGCCAUGGAGCACUAUCCCAUGACCAAGGAGUUUGACGAGAUGCUGUCCAUUGGCAACCUGGUGUUUACAGGGAUCUUCACAGCAGAGAUGGUUCUGAAGCUCUUGGCUAUGGAUCCCUACUACUACUUCCAGGUGGGCUGGAACAUCUUCGACAGCAUCAUCGUCACCAUGAGCCUCGUAGAGCUGGGAUUGGCCGACGUGGAAGGGCUGUCUGUCCUACGCUCCUUCCGAUUGAUGAGAGUGUUCAAGCUGGCCAAGUCGUGGCCCACCCUCAGCAUGCUCAUCAAGAUCAUCGGGAACUCUGUGGGCGCCCUGGGUAACCUGACCCUGGUCCUGGCCAUCAUCGUCUUUAUCUUCGCCGUGGUGGGCAUGCAGCUGUUCGGCAAGAACUACAAGGACUGUGUGUGUAAGAUCUCGCUGGACUGUGAGCUGCCUCGCUGGCACAUGUACGACUUCUUCCAUGCCUUCCUGAUCAUCUUCCGGGUGCUGUGCGGGGAGUGGAUCGAGACCAUGUGGGAGUGCAUGGAGGUAGCCGGCCAGGGCAUGUGUAUCAUCGUGUUCAUGAUGGUCAUGGUCAUCGGGAACCUGGUGGUGUUAAACCUCUUCCUAGCUCUGCUUCUCAGCUCCUUCAGCGGCUUGGCUUCGUCAGACGAAGACGGGGAGAUGAACAACCUCCAGAUCGCCGUCGCCAGAAUCACCAACGGUAUCGAUUGGUUGAAAGCCUUCCUCCUCCGCCAGCUUGGUGCCCUGCUGGGGAACAAGGGGCGCUCGCGGGGCGAGGGCGGCGAGGAGGGGGAGGAGGUGAAGAAGGACCAGAUGGUGCUGACCCUGGUGACCUCGGAUGAUUCGGGGAAAUUAACCGUGAAAGUGCCGAUCGCCACCGGGGAGUCAGACGUGGACAACCUGGAUGACGAUGAUGAUGAUAGCUCAGAGGGAGACCAUGAGGGCACAAGACUGGAUAUCAAAUUGAAGGAGGUGGGGGGUGAUGACUCGUCAGCCUGUAGCACGGUGGACAACCCUCCCGAAGAGGAGGAGGAGGAGCUGGAGGAGGAGCCAGACGCCAGCCUGCCCGUGGACUGCUACAGCGAGAACUGCAUACGGCGGUGCCCAUGUCUGGACCAGGACAUCACUACAAGCUUUGGAAAGCGCUGGUGGAACUUCAGGAAAACCUGUUUUACCAUUGUGGAGCAUAAUUACUUUGAGACUUUCAUCAUCUUCAUGAUCCUUCUCAGCAGUGGAGCCCUGGCAUUUGAGGACAUCUACAUCGAGCAGCGUCGUGUCAUUAAGACCAUCCUGGAGUAUGCUGACCAGAUCUUCACCUACGUCUUCAUCAUUGAGAUGAUCCUGAAGUGGGUGGCCUACGGCUUCCAGACCUACUUCACCAACGCCUGGUGCUGGCUCGACUUCCUCAUUGUGGACGUGUCGCUGAUCAGCCUGACGGCUAACCUGCUGGGCUACUCUGAGCUGGGGCCCAUCAAGUCCCUGAGGACGCUCAGGGCCCUGCGGCCCCUCCGGGCCCUCUCCCGCUUCGAGGGAAUGAGGGUGGUAGUUAACGCGCUGGUAGGGGCCAUCCCCUCCAUCUUCAACGUGAUGCUGGUGUGCCUGAUCUUCUGGCUCAUCUUUAGCAUCAUGGGAGUGAACCUGUUUGCUGGGAAGUUCUACUACUGCUUCAACACCACCUCUGAGGAGGCGUUCAGAGCCGACGUGGUCAAUAACAAGACUGAGUGUCUGUCUCUGGUGGCAGACAAUCACACGGAAGUCAGGUGGAUGAACCUUAAGGUCAACUUCGACAGUGUGGGAAUGGGGUACCUGUCACUGUUUCAGGUGGCCACAUUCAAAGGAUGGAUGGACAUCAUGUACGGGGCGGUGGACUCACGCAAUGUGGAGGACCAGCCGGUGUACGAGGACAACCUCUACAUGUACGUCUACUUUGUGAUCUUCAUCAUCUUCGGCUCCUUCUUCACCCUCAACCUCUUCAUCGGCGUCAUCAUCGACAACUUCAACCAGCAGAAAGCCAAGUUUGGAGGGAAAGACAUCUUCAUGACGGAGGAGCAGAAGAAGUACUACAACGCCAUGAAGAAGCUGGGCUCAAAGAAGCCCCAGAAGCCCAUCCCCCGACCCCUGAACUGUUUCCAAGGCCUGGUGUUUGACCUGGUGAACAAGCAGUUCUUCGACAUCUUCAUCAUGGUUCUGAUCUGCCUCAACAUGGUGACCAUGAUGGUGGAAACGGAUGAUCAGAGCGAAGAGAAAGAGGAGAUCCUGUUCCUGAUCAACCUGGUGUUCAUCAUCGUCUUCACCACAGAGUGCAUGUUGAAGAUAAUAGCGCUGAGGCACCACUACUUCUCUAUCGGAUGGAACAUCUUUGACUUUGUGGUGGUCAUCCUCUCCAUUACGGGGAUCAUGUUGGCUGACCUCAUCGAAAAGUACUUUGUCUCUCCCACUCUGUUCCGUGUCAUCCGACUGGCCAGGAUCGGCCGCGUCCUCCGCCUCAUCCGCGGCGCCAAAGGCAUCCGCACCCUCCUCUUCGCCCUGAUGAUGUCACUUCCCGCGCUCUUCAACAUCGGUCUGCUCCUCUUCCUGAUCAUGUUCAUCUUCUCCAUCUUCGGCAUGUCCAACUUCGCCUACGUCAAGAAAGAGGGGGGCAUCGACGACAUGUUCAACUUCGAGACGUUCGGCAACAGCAUCAUCUGCCUGUUCAUGAUCACCACGUCUGCCGGCUGGGAUGGCCUCCUGUCACCCAUCAUGAACAGCCGUCCACCCGACUGUGACCCCGACGUGGAGAACCCUGGCACGGACGUGCGGGGGAAUUGCGGCAGCCCCGGUGUGGGCAUCGUGUUCUUCUGCAGUUACAUCAUCAUGUCCUUCCUGGUGGUGGUCAACAUGUACAUCGCCAUCAUCCUGGAGAACUUCAACGUGGCCACGGAGGAGAGCGGUGAUCCGCUGUGCGAGGACGACUUCGAGAUGUUCUACGAGACCUGGGAGAAGUUCGACCCCAAGGCCACGCAGUUCAUCAACUACAGUGAGCUGUCGACCUUCUGCGACACGCUGCUGGAUCCGCUCAGGAUCCCCAAACCCAACACCGUCAAACUGAUCACCAUGAACCUGCCCCUGGUGCCCGGCGACAAGAUCCACUGUCUGGAUAUACUGCUGGCUCUGACCGCUGAGGUGCUGGGUGACUCAGGAGAGAUGGACGGCCUGAAGGCCAGCAUGGAGGAGAAGUUCAUGGCCAAUAACCCGUCCAAGGUGUCCUACGAGCCAAUCAGCAGCACCCUGAAGAGGAAGCAGGAAGAGGUGGCAGCGUCGGUCAUCCAGCGGGCCUAUAGGAAGCACCUCCUCGUGCGCACCCUCAAACACGCCUCCUACAAGUUCCGAGUGAAGCAGGAGCUGACCCAGGCAGACGAGGAACCCCCGGAGACGGAGGGGCUGAUCUUCAACAGGAUCAGCCAGCUCUACGGCAGCCAGGAGGGGAGGCUGGGCCUGGGGGAGCCCUCAGGGAGGAAGGCUGGGGCUACAGGGGUGAAUGUGGCCUCCAGGAAGACAGGGGGCGCUGGUGAGCUCCGUCCCCGUGUGAAGAUGCAGAGCGAGGUGCUGCUCCACUCAGCCCCCUUCCUCAUCCCCGACUCGGUACGCAGUGAGGACCUUAAGGAGUCAAUCGUCUAAGAGCUAACACGCUAACAACAUACUAACAACAAGCUAACACCCCAGACAGCUGGUCUCCCUUAAGGAAGGAAGCUGUCCAUGGUUUCUGGCAGGACUUCCUGACCAUGUUAAGGUCACUAGGGUUUGACCCUGUGUUCAACUCAACAUGACUGAGCCCAUAUGCUGUCUCAGAGACUCCAGACAGGAAGCUACUAAUGUAGCAGUCAAUCAAAUUGAUGUUUUCGAUGCCCUACAAGGAUUGUCGCUGCCAAGGCCAACCAAAGAGCACUCUGGGUAAGACCGUAGAGCUCAGAUGGAAUGGUGCUCCAUGGGGCGUGGUUCUCUGGUCGUGGUUGGAGAUUUAGACCUGUGGUUCUGAUAAUGUUGACUAUCAGAGGUGACAUUUCUCCCCGCAGUGCUGAUAUGGCAUCUUUCUAAAGUUUUUUUUUUUUAUCCACGUUUUUUUUUUAAAUCUUUUAGAAGGAGCCAUUUCUGAUUAUUUUUUUCAUGCUGUCAAAAGUAUCAAGUUACAUCAGAUGAACAUAAUUCACAACAGUUUUACCUAGAGAAAAUGCAAGUUUGUUUAAACUUGUUGCUUUUCUUAGCAAUGGAGUUCUACAGUACAUUAGAUAAUUGUUGCAACCGGAGUUUGGUAACAGAAGUUGUCUUCCAUAAGUAGAAUCUUUUAUUAUUUUUUUAUGAAAACUGAUUUAUUGAAAUGUUUCUUGGUUUCUUAAUUAAUUGUAUUUUUUUUUUUUUUUUAAGUAUAACAUUUUAUUUAGAAUCUCUUACAAUUUAUUUACAAGUAAAAUUAUGAUUGAUUUCCUAAUUGCAUUUUAGGCAGUGAUUUAUUGUUUUGCUAUUUGAUCUCAGUGCCUUAAGAUGAGUCAAAUUCUGUGAAAUCCAAAUUGAUAUUGCACUCCUCAUUACUGUAGUCAUUUUUUUGUAGAAACAGUCGUAGAUAAAUCAAACAUCUACAUUUGGAAUUUGGAUACUUAAGCUAUUUCAGCUAACACCUUUGAGUGCCUUAGUGUGUUCUCUAAGAACACAUAAUUGUUUAUAAGACAUAAAAUACCAGUAUAUGAUGUGCUGCUUUCAUGUCAUUUGUAUCUACGUACUAACAAUCUGCAAUGUAAUUUCAUUUUUUCUUUUUGGUUGGGUAUUGUAGAUUUUUUUUCUUGCUGCAAUUAAAAGGCACGUCUGUCCUGUG